GAAAAAAUCUCUCGACCACAAAAACAGCUGUCAAAGGUGCUACGCGAUUGUUGUGCAGUUUCCCGAUUUGUAUUUGAGUAAAAAUCGAUUCUUAUUUCUGUAAAUCGCAUAUUUUAUACGUUAAUACAUCGUCGCUGCACAGCGGCUAUUGUGGACAAAUUCAAUCCAAACAAUAAAUCGGCCAAAAUUGAGAACAAUAAAGGCAAACCGGGCCCGGGAAAGUCCACCAAAAGCAAACAACAGGUCAGCGUCAUGAAGCCCACAUUAGUCGCUGAUGAGAUGUUCCCGGAAGGGCCGGGACCAUUUAUGGACUUGGAGGAGGCGGGAGGAUCCACUGGUCUGUUGAUGGACCUGGCGGCCAAUGAGAAGGAUGUUCACGCUGACUUUUAUAAUGAUUUUGAAGAUCUUUUCGACGAGGAUGAGGAAAAUUUGGUGUGAAACAAUUUAUCAUAAGUAGUAAAUAAUAACGUUACGUUACAAUGUAAAAUAGAA